AUGGAUUUCAUCAAGACCAGUUCCCUGCGUGCUCUGAUUGAGUUAACUUUCCAACGCAACUGGAAUGGCCUCAUUUGGAUGAGUAGAAAAGGAGUUACAACCAAAAGAGUGAAGACUGUCCAGACGGCUCUAUCGAGAAUCAGCGCCCAACCGCGCAGUCCGGCUGGCCGAGGAACGAAUGUUCCGCGCUCGGCCAAAUACGUCCGUCCGUCUGAAGUCUCGGCCAAAGUCCAAACCGUCGGCCGAUCACGCAAUCACGACCCGGGAAAAUUGCCCGCGGUCGGCCACGCCACAACCGCUCACGCCACGCCGCGCACGACACGCCGCGAGCCGGGAAAAACCCUCGCGUCCGGCCGAGAUUUCAUCGGCCAAAUCUCAUCCGUCCGACCACGCCGGCCGACCGUGAAUCCAUCCGGCCACGACCGUUCCGACUCGGCCACGACCCGAUUGUCCGGCCGAUCGUCCCGACCGACCGUCCCAACGCCGCGGUCGACCCGAAGCCCUUUUGAAGCCCAAAUUUCAUAUUUUCAAGCCCGGCUUAACCCUAAGCCGCCUCUAAAAGACCUAGCACUAUAUAUAUAG